GUAAGCCUUCACCGUAGUAGAACGCUUGUAAUGACGCGCGAACUGGCACUCAGCUGAUUCGGCAGCUUUUCUCCGCUGGUCGCGUGUACCGGUCUUUCUCCACUCGCGAUCAUGGAGGCGAACGGGACCGAGCUGCUGCCGGUAGAGCCAGGUAUGGACGCGUUGAUCGUUAACGGGGGCCCGGCGGAACAAGAAGCAGAUCCGGCUAAGAAGAAGAAGAAGAAAAAGAAGAGAAGCAAGAUAGCGGUUCCCGUAGGACACGGUGAACAGGGGGAGGACGGUGAGAUGGAUGGGAGAAAACCGACAGAACAGCAGAACAUGGAGGAGAAUCACAGAGAAGAAGAUGGAGAAGAAGAUGGAGAGGAAUGUGAUAACGUCUCUGGGAAAAAGAAGAAAAAGAAGACCAAGAAAAAGAAAGGACCCAAAACCCAAACCGACCCUCCAUCCCUCCCCAUUUGUGAUUUGUACCCCAAUGGCGUGUUUCCUGUGGGUGAGGAGUGUGAAUACCCUUUAUCGCAAGAUGGGAGUAGUGCUGCUUGGAGAACGACCAACAAAGAGAAGCAAGCGUUGGAUAAAGCGAACGAGGAGCUGUGGAAUGAUUUCCGGCAAGCAGCGGAGGCUCAUCGGCAGGUGCGCAAAUAUGUGAAAAGUUGGAUCAAACCUGGAAUGGCCAUGAUUGACAUAUGUGAGCGUUUGGAGGACUGCAGUAGAAAGUUGAUCCAAGAGAACGGUUUGAACGCAGGGCUGGCAUUCCCUACCGGCUGCUCGCUGAAUAACUGUGCUGCUCACUACACACCAAACGCAGGAGACCCUACUGUCCUUCAGUAUGACGACGUAUGCAAGAUCGAUUUCGGCACACACAUUAACGGCAGGAUUAUUGACUGUGCCUUUACCGUAACCUUCAACCCAAAGUUUGAUCGCUUGCUUGAGGCUGUGAGAGAUGCUACCAACACGGGCAUCAAGUGUGCAGGUAUAGAUGUCCGUCUUUGUGAUGUCGGAGAAUCGAUACAGGAAGUUAUGGAGUCGUACGAGGUUGAAAUAGAUGGGAAAACAUACCAAGUCAAACCUAUUAGGAAUCUGAACGGACACUCUAUUGGUCAGUAUCGGAUACAUGCGGGUAAGACGGUGCCCAUAGUGAAGGGAGGAGAAGCCACCAGGAUGGAGGAGGGGGAGGUGUACGCCAUUGAAACAUUUGGCAGCACUGGUAAGGGUGCGGUGCACGAUGACAUGGACUGCUCGCAUUACAUGAAGAACUUUGAUGUUGGACAUGUGCCAAUCAGGCUGCCCAGAGCAAAGCACUUGCUCAACGUGGUGAAUGAGAACUUCGGGACUUUGGCGUUCUGUCGACGCUGGCUCGACCGAUUGGGAGAAAGCAAGUACCUGAUGGCCCUGAAAAACCUGUGUGACCUGGGCAUCAUCGACCCCUAUCCCCCUCUGUGUGACACCAAGGGCUCAUACACAGCGCAGUUCGAACAUACCAUACUGCUCAGGCCCACGUGCAAGGAAGUUGUGAGCCGCGGAGACGAUUACUGAAAUGCACACGUGCAUACACAGUCACACUCCAGUUUUGCGCAAAAAACAUACACAGACAUUUGAAUAUAAUAAAGUGUAUAAUGUAGAACUGAACCGUUGUUAAAAUAAUAGUUUGCCCAAAAAUUAAGUUUUCCCUGUCAAUGUGUAGAGAUGGAUGUUUUGGAUAUCAUUGCAGUCUGCAUCAUAGGCAGUUUUGCGUUUGUGAAAGUGAUUUCACCAAGUAGGUUGUGAUUUUGGAUCAUCAUUUUUAUUAACCAAUCAGAUUGCAGGAUUCGGGUGUAUGUCAGAUUAAGGGGCUCUAAAACAUCCUACUCAAACUAUUAUUUCAGAGUAAUUAGAGGGGUAAAAAAUUUUUAGGGUUUGAGUUAAGGGUAAUUUGGGGUUUCUUUGAUUAAAAAGUUGAUACAGGACCAACAAAAAAAUGUUUGAUACAGGAUCACCUUUCUUUGUGAAAUCCCGGCGACUGGGGGUACUUACCGGCAAACAAGCUCCUGAUUCCGCCAAAGUUAAAAUUUUUCAACUCGCGCAUUUGCUGUGGCAAAGUUUAAUUCGCACCAUUCGCAUGAAAGAGGCGGAAUCAUGUUUGUAGCGCUAAACGUCUCAUGCUAUGUACACACACAACACGGGGCAUCGCAUUUACACCAGACGCGAGUUCAACGAUUUGCGCAAGUAGAUUAAAUACAAAGUCAAUGCAAAGACGUGAUCAGACGCGCCCUCGCGUGGGGCGAUGCGUUUGCCGCGAUAUGGGCAGUGCGUUUGCCGUGAAAACACGCUCUAUUUGCCUCAAACGCGUCUUCGCCCAAGUUGAAAAUAUUCCCGCGAGUAAUCUAGAGCGAGUAACGCGAUGCCCUGCGUUUGGUGUGUACGUAGCAUUACUCACUCUAGAUCAGUGGUUUUUCAAACUGGGGGCCGGGGGGCGCGAGAUGGUGCCAGGGGGGCCCCAGUUUUAUGACAUUUUAUAAAGUACAUUCAUUUAUCAUUAAUUCUGUGUAAUUAAACCUAAAAAAAUAAUAAGCCAACUAACCAACAGCACUACUAGGUAUAAUUUUAUAUGUUUUGUUUAAUUAAAAUAUUACAUUUUAAAACUUUUUUUGUCAUAAAUUUUCUUUCUGGGGGCCGCGAAAAAAUGCACUGUACACAAGGGGGGCCGCACGCUGAAAAGGUUUGGGAACCUCUGCUCUAGAUUACUCACGGGAUUUAACUUCGUAUCAUGCAAAUUUUUCGCUUGAGUUGAAUAUUUUCAAAUUGGGCGAAGACACAUUUGAGGCGAAUAGCGCGUUUUCGCGGCAAACGCGCAGCCCAUAUCACUUCAUUCGCAUGCCCCACGCGAGGACGCGUCUGAUCACGUCUUUGCAUUGACUUUGUAUGUAAUCUACUCGCGCAAAUCGUUGAACUCGCAUUUGGUGUGAACCCACGGUCAUUCGCACCGCGAGACCCUUCAGACGCGCAUCAACGCGUCUUUACAUUGACUUAACAUUGAAAUCACUCGCGCUUGACGCCUCUACCGGGGCUGGUCUGAAUGCAGCAUUAUACUUAGAGAUUAGCGAGAGAGUGCUGCUUCAUGGUUUUUUAUAUGGUUUGAAUAAAUUAAACGUAUUUUAGCCUUUUGUCACUCAGUCUACCUAUUAAAAUAUUAAAAUUAGAAAAAUAAAAUAUGAAAUCUCAUGUUUCUAUUAAUAGCUUAGACAAAAUCAUAUUUGGCUCUGGUCUUGGGGGGGCAAUGCCCCCCUGUCCCCUCAAAUUUCACAUAAAUUGAGAUACUGUUCAAAUAUCAUAUGGACCACUGUCCAUAGUCACCAUUCGCUUUCAUUUUAUGCAAAAGAGCACCUUAAAAAAUUAGCUCAACAUUAUUUCUUCAAUGACAGAGGAACAUGUGGUUUUGGAGCAGCAUUUUUGGGUGAACCGUUAUUUUAAGGGAAUGUAACCGCACAGCAUAUAUUCAGCAUGAAAUACUAUGCAUACCGUAGGUACAAGCCAGUGCCCAAAUGAAACAUCUAUUUUCAAAGUAAAGAGAUUAAGACUUUAUACUCAUUUGUACUCUGUGCAGUGAAUGAGAGUAUGGGUGCUUGGCUUUACACAUUGCUAAAGGGCUUUUGCAAGAAAAGAAACCCGUCAGGAAAUAACUGAUAAUACGCACAGCUUUGAUAUUUGUAUCAUAUCAAAUGAGCUAUUUCAUCUACUACCUGUAUUACAUUUUGAAGUUUGAGGUUUUUUAAUAAAACGUAUUUAAAACGCACCAUA